ACCUCUCUAACUAUGCUAUUACUAAUGUGUAGAGGUCUACUUAAAUGGAUGGUGUAGGUACUGUAGGAUUGAAUGAAGGGUGUGGGUGGAGCUUAGCUAAUGCUAGCUGGGUUUCCAGUGCGCACCAAUACCCAGUAAAUCUGGGCCCCGGGAACUGACCUCGAACACCUAAAUUUAGGCCUAGCUGGGGUAAUUCUCAUAGCGCGCCAAGCAUUCUUGCGAAUCUUCCUCCAAACCUUUCCUCCGCAUCUUUCUACUGUACGCCCUCUAAGACUCUGCAAGUGAAAUGCGAAUCGCAGAUUUUACUCGUAUGCAUGCACAAGUGGGGAUGUGCCUCUGAAGUGGGGUACUUACACCAUGGACGAUCCGACCCUUAAUGACCGUGGGGGCGAGCCUCCUCGCUGGGAGCGCAAGCGCCCGCAUCAACCCCAUGACGCCAACGGACGGAGUGUGAGGAGACGCAUCGAUGAGCGUGGCUCCAUGCGCGAGAGAAGGUCGCGAUCUCCACGUCGACCGGACCAUUCAGACCAUCGCGGUCACACCCGAGUUGGAGAUGUAAGCCACAGACGUCACCAGCGCAGCGAUACGCGCGACGAUCGGUACGACGCGGGGCACCGCGACAACGCCAGAUGCCAUACGAGUUCCCGGUCUGCCCGGUCAAGGUCACCUACCCGCCAUCAUGACAGCCAUCACCACAGGUCUCAUCAUGCUCCGAACGCUUCACAUCUAAACCAUGACAGGGAGCUCCCUUGUAACGCUCGUGAGUUGUCACGAUCAGCCGAUUUCAGCACCUUUCGACCACUCUUCGCGCGCUACCUCGAUGUCCAGAAGCAGAUUGACUUGACCACACUGGACGAGCGCGAGGUCCGUGGGCGCUGGAAGAGCUUUGUGAGCAAAUGGAACAAUAGUGAGCUAGCUGAGGGAUGGUACCGGCCCGAAACUUUCGAGGACGCGGCGCUCGAAGCGAGGGGAACGAGCAAUAUACCAGAGACGGGCAAGGGGCGUGGAGGAAAACAUAGUUCUCCCGCUCGGCAAGAAGCCGACUUGGGACGGCAAGAUGCGAAAGGGGAAGAUGAGGAUGAUGAUGACGACGGUUACGGGCCUAUACUGCCCACACAGGAUGAUUUAGAUAAUAGCACAAGGGGUGCCAACUCCCUAUCACAAAACAAGCACGGCCCCGGCAUCCCCACCUUAUCAGACAUAGCCUUGCGCCGUGAACACGAAGCCUCGGACCGCGACGAUGCUCACGAACUCUUACGACAUGAGCGCAAGGCAGACCGUGCAUUGCAGAAAGAGCGCCUGGAUGAGCUCGUGCCGCGCGCGGACGCCGGGACCCAGGCGCGACGUCUGGAGAAGCGGCGCGAGGUCCGCGAUGCCAACACCUCCUUCGCAAACGCGAAGUCGUCCAACGACGUGCCGGAGCUCGCGGACGCGGACCUCAUGGGCGGCGACGGCGGGGGGUUGGAAGAAUACAAGAGAUUGAAGCGCGAGGCCGAAAGGAAGAAGACGGAGCGCGAGGUACGGCGCGAGGAGAUCUUCCGCGCGAAAAAGGAAGAAAGGGAGGAGAGGGCCAGGGAGUACAGGGAGCGCGAGGCGAAUACUAUUGAUAUGCUUAGGGAGAUUGCUAAGUCGCGGUUUGGAUGACAUGUCAGCAGGUAUGAAUCGUGAUUACGAUGGCGAUGAGGAGAUCAUUGGGUAUUAAGAUUCUAAUAUUGUAUUGUGUUCGAUGACUGCGCCUGGGUGAUUUUUGGUAUUGGCAACAUAGCUUCUCCAUGAGACCACGACUGACUGUUCUUCUUAUGGCUGGGCUUGUUUUUUUUUUCCGGACCUGGUCGAUGUUAAUGUAGUGUCAUCACAGAUAGCGCGCGUUACUUUUUUUUUUUUUUUUUUUUUUUUUUUUUUUC